AUGGGAGUUGCUUCCGGGUUGCGCGCCCGGAAGUAGGAGGUUGGCGGCUUACCCUCCUCGCCCGGAGGCUGAAGUCCCCGAGGCGGGAGGAGCCCGAGGGGGCGCGGGCCCCGCUUGUUAAGAGUCAAGCUCACUCUUUGGAACUUCCCUCUGUGGCAAAGCUCAUUCCUGCUAGAGUUGGAUCUUCUUUCUUUCUGGAGGUGGCAGCAUCUCCUUACUGAAAAAAUAGAGUUGCUCCACGUCAGUGCUUUCUGGGGUUAGAAGCACUUUGGGCGUGACAUAUAUGAAAUAAGACGACUUCUACAUGUAAGGGAAAAAGAGACCAAUAAAAGAGCAUAAAUCCCAAGCACUGUUUUUCCUUUGGGAUUUUGUAUUGGAAGACAUGGAUCUUGCUGCCAAUGAGCUCAGCAUUUAUGACAAACUUUCAGAGACUGUUGAUUUGGUGAGACAGACAGGCCAUCAAUGUGGCAUGUCAGAGAAGGCAAUUGAAAAAUUUAUCAGACAGCUGCUGGAAAAGAAUGAACCUCAGAGGGGACCACCCCAGUAUCCUCUCCUUAUAGCCGUGUAUAAGGUCCUUGUAACCCUGGGAUUAAUAUUGCUCACUGCCUACUUUGUGAUUCAACCUUUCAGCCCAUUACCACCUGAACCGGUGCUUUCUGGAGCUCACACCUGGCGCUCACUCAUCCAUCACAUUCGGCUGAUGUCCUUGCCCAUUACCAAGAAGUAUAUGCCAGAAAAUAAGGGAGUUCCUCUGCAUGGGGGUGAUGAAGACAGACCCUUUCCAGACUUUGACUCUUGGUGGGCAAACAGUUGUGAGCAGAAUGAGUCGGACCCCAUCCCUGCCAACUGCAGUGGCUGUGCUCAGAAAUUACCCCUCAAGGUGAUGCUCCUGGAAGACACCCCGAAGAAAUUUGAGAGACUCCAUCCUCUGGUGAUCAAGACGGGCCAGCUCUUGCUGCCAGAGGAGCUUCAACAUUUUUUGUGCCAGUACCCCGAGGUGGCGGAGGGCUUCCCCGAAGGGCUUUUCACCAAGUGGUGGCGCUGCCUUCCUGAGCGGUGGCUCCCAUUUCCUUAUCCAUGGAGAAGACCUCUAAACAGAUCACACAUUUUACGUGAGCUUUUUCCUGUUUUCACCUACCUGCCAUUUCCAAAAGAUGCCUCCAUAAAAAAGUGCUUCCUUCUUCAACCGGAACCUAUUGUGGGUAGUAAGAUGCAUAGAAUGCAUGACCUAUUUAUCAUUGGCAGCGGCGAGGCCAUGUUGCAGCUCAUCCCUCCCUCCCAGUGCCGAAGACACUGCCAGUCCGUGGCGAUGCCGCUAGAGCCAGGGGAUAUUGGCUAUGCCGGUGCCACCCACUGGAAGGUCUACGUUACAGCCAGAGGGGUCCAGCCUUUGGUCAUCUGUGAUGGAACCACCCUCUCAGAACUAUAGGAAACAAGAACUGUACAGAGGAACAACUUUGAGGUCCGAAGACCAGAUCGAAAGGGGAGAAAUAAAAACAGAAAUGAGGAAACCACUUUCUAAGGUUACUUAGUUAUCUGCCCUAUGCAUGCGUGUAUGAGCCAGCUGUAUGCUGGAGGCAAUGGCCAGAGCCUGGCCCUCCCGACUCUUCCAGCCUCCCUGCUUGGCCCCGGGAUUUUGCCGGUAUCUGUCUGUGAGAGACUGGGCUCUUCCACACCUUCUGGAACCGCAGCCUUGAGGCUGCCCCCCAGGCAGGAAACAGGGCUAAUGCCUUCCCUUACUUGUGUGGUGUGAUCCCCUCUGCUGGCUCCCUGGCCACAGAGAGGGUAGCCAGCAGGUCCUGACUUCAGGGCCAUCCCUUACGAGGUGGGCCUGCUUGUCCUGUCUUCCUGGCCACACCACCCGAUACUUUUAUGGAAAGCCAUGGUCAAUUAAAGAAGCUGUUGCAGUUUCCCAAGCAGAAUGGAAUCUAGAACCAAGAUUAAGUAAUGUCACUGUACUCAAGAGAUGCACUGCCUUUCCAGUGUCCAUGGCCCUUGGAGUCUCAGUGACAUCAGGUUGGAGUCUGAUUAUAAUUGAAAUGGUAAUUGCCGAGGUAAUACUUUCCUCCAUCUCAUCAGGUUCUCAUGCCGGCCCCCCCUCCCCUACACCCCCACCCCCAGCACCCUUCCCUUCCCUUCCCGCUCGCCUAUCUGGAUGGUUUCUCAGAAGCUGGACUCCUGGUCCUCCCUCGGCAGAGCCCUUUAUUGCUGAGGCAGCACCGCUUCUGUCAGCUGGGUCGCUUUUACCAAGUGUCUUCAGAGGGGAUGAGUUAGAGCGCUGGCCUGGGGAGAGGGCACCUCCCCGGGUUUGAUCUUUAGGGUCCAACUUUCCACAGGGAAGAUGUUUUACAGAUGUGUCAAGCUGAUGUUGUAAUGUGGUUGGGGAAGGAGCUCCAGACCCCACGUGUUUGCCAGCUGGGUGUGCGACUGUGGGAUCCUCUGUCUCAAAAUGAUUUCUGUCUUUGUACUUGGGAAACAAGGUGAGGUAUUUUUAUUAUUUGUGACAGUAUAAAGCUAUGUUCUUUCAGUUGGGUGGUUCACUAUGGUCAUUGUUUUCUCCAAGUGCUUUUAGUGUGUAUUAACCAAAUGGUGUAAAUGAGGACAUAGUUUUCUUCCCUUUUUUACCCCCCCCCCCCUUUAUUCUUUUAUUGAUGCUGCUAGAUACCUGGCCUCUGGCCCUAUGCCAUCACCCAGCUGAAGGAAAAAACCACACUGUAGCCCCUGGUUCCGAAUUGCAGAAAUCAGAUGAAUCCAGGUGGCCGUGACAGGGUUAAUGGCAGGCGGUGGUGAGGGCAGAAUGUGUGACUUCUUGCAGGGUCCCCUUCAUCCUUGGACGUACCCCUGCACCUCCAAGGACGUCCCUGGGCCCUCUCUCAGCCCCUCUCAUGAGCAGCAGUGGGGAUCAUCAAGUCCCUGAGGGGCUGGUUUGUGAGCUUGUAAAGGAGAAGCAUGGUUCACGGAGCUCAGGGUGGAAAUACUCUGCCUCCACGGACUUAAAUGAAACUAGGAUGAAUGGUACCUGAGGGAAUUUUUUCUUAAACAAGUCCGCGCCUUGUGUGGGUUAAUGCGGGAAAAACAAAAUUUUUUGUCCAUAUUAAACUCAUGCUGCUAAGCCGUUAUGAUUUAAGAGGUUUGAAAUCAGAGGGAUCAUUUCAAGGCCAGCUUUGCGCAAGCUUUUAGAGCCUUUGCAGUGUCCUUACCCCUGCUGCGCACGGAGAAGGCUUAUAUGUAAACAAGUUCUUCAGAGUUUUCUUAAAUUAGGCCCUUCGGGUUAACGAAAGAGAGGGUUCCUUAGUAGAAAAAGAAACCAUCUUGAUGGUUGAGAUUUCUGUUUUGUCGUUUUGAAUCACCCCGUGUUCCUUCCCCAUUUCCCACCUGCCCUUCACACCACGAAUGUUCAUAAAAUACCCACUUCAACUCAAAACUUUAAAGACUAGGAAAAGUUUUCUUCUUGUCGCUCUUGCAUGUGUCGCUCUUCUGAAGUGUCCCCUGGGAAGUCCCCCAAGCCCCUGAGCUGUCGAGCUCCACAAAAAAUGGUGUAGCCGCAGAUAAGCUGAGACUUUUCAUGCAUUUCCGACUCAUGUUACUUAAAGUCUACCCAGUUCAGAACUGAGGGUAGAUUUCUGUUAGGAAAUUUUCCACAGAGAGUUUUCCGCUCUUAAUUACUGGAUACAUAGAAGUAAUUGGCCUUAUCCUCAAGGCAAUUCUGAUAAGCAGGGUACAGGAAUGGCUUCCUACAGGAAUGACCCACAGUGGCCAGCCAGUCCGUCUCUCCCCAAGGCUUUGUGUGAGGGUGCUGCUCACCCACCCCACCCCCGGCUCCCCCACGGAAGCAGCACAAGUCCUUCCACAUGACCCGGUGUGCGAAAGAGGGUCAUCAAGAUGAGGAAGAAGGGUGGGGAGGCAUGGUGGGGCCACCUAACCAACCCCCCACCUCCACCACCACAGUAAGUACAAAACCGCAGGGACUCGCAAGUUUGUUGAGUGGUUACUGAGAGGUGACACCGUGGUGACCUCCGCACAUGAGUUGGGUUCGCUUGUAGGUUCCCAGAGUAGAGACUUGGAUCCCCAGAUCAGCUCUGUGGGGAGGAAGGUUGCUUUGGCAGCAGUCUGAAGCGCUUACCUCCAGAUGUCCUGAGGUCCAGAGGAGUCCAGUAUUGACAAGACGCUGUACUGGUUCAGGCUUAUAGAAAGAGGCAGAACUUAUCUUCUUCCCUUAUCUCCAAUUUGUUUUAGGGAAGAGCGGAAGUAAAAUAAUACGGUUUAUGAAAACAGAAAUCUAGGGAGUGCCUGGCUGGCUCAGUCGGCGGAGAGUGAGACUCUUGGUCUCAGGGUUUGUAAGUUUGAGUCCCACGUUGGGUGCAGAGGUUAUUUAAAAAUGAAAUCUUUAAAAAAAUGAAACAAAACAGAAUCUACUUAUUUGGUGAAAAACAAAACAGUCUAGAAGUGAGCAGAUUUGGGCUCAUUUUCUGAGAGAAAGAAGAGUAACAUUCGUCCAGUCCAUCCUAAGAGUGUCUCCAUAUACGUGAUCUCCUUUAGUCGUUACUCAGCCCUGCGGACAACUAGGGCUUAGCCCAGUUAACUGCUGGCCAAUAGGUAGUUGGUUUUGCAGUGUAUUAUUUUCCUGCUUCAGCACAGUGUGGUGCCCAAGAAUGAAGAUGUGGGUUUAAUUGUCUCGGGUGUGCCCCCAUUGGGGAGGAGGACUGAGGGAGGGGGUCAGCAAGCCGGGAACUCUUCAGGGUUUGUUUUCAAAACUGUCUUGGACAGAAAUGGAAAAGGAGAGAAUUUAACCAGAUGACUUUUAUAAAAAUCCUUUCACUUUUUCCCUCCCUGUUUGAAAACUCUUUAAGAGUGAGUGUGGCUGGAACACAACUGUGUCCAGCCAUUUUCCCAUCCCCACAUGUUUCCAGAUGUGUGACCAGAAGAGGGACUCUGCCCAAUUCCAGUUGUGGGUCCCCUUAGAGUUUACCUCACUUGUUUUUCAGUCCUCAUUUCUGUUCCCUUCUUCCAAAUUCCAGCAUAGACCUCUGUGGAGGAACAAUUUUUAUAAAAAUCAAAAGUUCCUUAGCUGCAGGUGACGGCCUCAGUCAUUCUAAUAUAGUCGGGAAUGAGUUGCUUCUUAACCAGUGGCCUCCACGAUGAACAUUCAAAACCCCAGAGCACAUGUUCCCUUCUCAUCUAAUCCCUGCCCACAGGAGAAGCCCAAGUUGUAGGGGAAAGAGAAAGCUGCCUGUCUGGUUGCAUGGAGAGAGGCAACCUAGGCUACCUUUUGAGACUCCGUUACUAAUCGGAGGGGUCUUUUAGGCUUUUGAGCUCUCCUAGUGAUGGGGGAGAAACUCUCCUGAGUUCACAACUCUUUGCUCAUUAACUUUCAGCGGUGACCCAUCACGCACCAAAAUUGGUCAAAGGAAGGCCAUGCCACAGAUGUGCUUUAGAUGGCAUUCUAGACUGAGAUUCUCUCCAUGUUUGGAGCUGUUCAUAUUAUACGCAGAGCUGAUGGUGUCAGGGCCAGGAGGCUAGGAAAGUGCCGGUGCUUAUAGAGAUAGCCCCGUAGCAAAGGAAAAACAGGAGGCUCUGGGAGCGUGCUGUGUCGCCAUCAGCGUGUGUCUCCCUGGCUUCCUCACCCCCAGCCUCCCAAUGUCCAGCGGCUUCUUCCACAAAAGCAUCUCCAAGAAGAUGGACAGGUGCUCUCCCUGUUGUGCGCCACACCCAAGUCGGGCCCACCCUUGGACGCAGUGCUGGCCUUGGUGAGAGGUCCUCCAGCCAGCUUGUCUGAUGUCCAGGUCCCUUAGUGUCUGGUUUCCCUGCCCUGCAUAAUUUAAGCAUUAGAGCUAAAUACAUCUGUCAUCUUCCUCUCUCCGGAGACUGGGAAAUGUCCAGAGCUUUUCAGAAAGUGGAGAGAAGAAAUGUUAUGUAACUCCUAGUGGAGGCCUGGGGCUGACCCGACCGUUUCUCUUGCACUUAGCACGUCUGUCGGCGGCAUGAAUCCAACCGUGAGCCCCAGCUGCAAGCACCUGUGUAGAGAAGGGAAAGCAGUCUAGAGUUUCCGACAGAAUCUGGGGAGUCCAGACCUCAGCUCUGUGCCAAGCUCGAUUGCCCUCGUUUCCUCACAACACCUCUGUGGGGUAGGUGAGGUCAUCCUGUGAAGCCACCUUUACUCAAAGACCAGCAGUGUCCCAGCCUUCAAAUUCCAGCCUCUUGGGGCACUUUUGGCCCUCUUAGGAACAAAUUCUCACUUAUGCACAAGAAUCAGUGACAGGAUCAGACAGACACAUGGCAUUCCCAGGAACCCCUAGUCUCAUGACAGGCAACUUCCCCUCCAAACUUCUUGCUACAGUUUCACCCUCAGAAGCUAGCUGUGGUCUCUCUCCCCGCUCCCUCCCGUGGAAGAGGCAGCAACAGACACUGAGGCCGGGGGACCAGACGGGGGGCGGAGGUAGGCAGGACAGCCACCGUGCAUCUUCGGGGAACCGGGAAAGGUCCCAGCAGGCAGAGGCAGAUGGACACCUGUCCCAAGCACAUGUGCUCCGAAUAGUGUGAGCUGUUCUAAAAUGCGUCCAGUGCAGAAUGUUGACAGUAACUUAAUGUGCUGCAAACUCGUACGACUCCCACCGUGUAAAGAAUGUAUGUAAAUUAAAGUUUUAUGUAAUGAAAGUUUUUACUUUUGCAAUUAAAAGUGUGUAUGUCGGUUGAUAAAAAC